AGUACAUCACAUAGCUCGUGCGUAUUAAAAGCUUUAAAGCUCAACCACGUCACGAAGUGAACCAAAGUCCAAACGUGCGUUAACAUGGCGACAACGAAGGACGGCGAUAACCCUGUGGAGGCUCUCACCAGUUAUCGCAAGGAGGCAUAUAGCCUUGGGUCUUCCGAAGAAGGUGGCGGUAAGACUGCGCUCAGCUUUUACAACACGUGGGCAGAAAAAUAUGACAAGGUCAAUUUAGAAGGAGGCUAUCAAGGUGCUGUCCAUAUGGCUGCCAUGGCAUCUGAGAUCAUCCACGAUAAAUCCGCAAGGAUUCUUGAUGCAGCCGCAGGAACGGGACUGGUUGGAAGAGAGCUGAAGAAUCUGGGAUUCACCUGCAUUGACGCUUUAGAUCCGUCCAAGGCUCUCCUGGAUAAGUGCAAGGAACACCAGUCCCACAAGGAGUAUAUUUGCGACACGCUGGACGCGCAUCGGCUGGACAUUCCAGACAAUCAUUACGAUGCCGUGUUGAUGGCUGCCGCCUUCGGUGUUCCGGGCCACGUUGACGAAUCAUGUUUUCCAGAACUCAUUCGUAUUACAAAACCAGGUGGGCACAUAAUGUACACAUUGACUGAAAAGGUAUUCGAGCAGGUAGAGAGCAGGAUGGAAGCCGCCAUCAAAGCACUCGCCCAGGAAGGACGCUGGGAAUUCGUGGAAUAUCGCUGGCUUCAGUACUACUUGAACGAGGAGUUGAAUGAAAAGGCCAAGGUUCCAAUUCUCAGAGUCUUACCAAAGUGAAGACAAUGCUCUGUUGAAUACAUGAUCAUGAUCAUUUUUGUCAGUGAUUGGCGUUAAUGUUGGGAUAUGAAGAUGUUCAGACCAAAGAUCCGAAAUAAGUGUUCAGUGGGUUGAGGUGCUUUUCAUAUCGUUGUGCGUAAUUAUGUUGCCGUUAACAAACCGCAGUAAUCCACUGAGAUACUUUGAUUUUCGUUGGAACCCCACUAAAACAAAAUGAUUGGCCGUGAAGUAAACCAUUAUUGUGAUUUAUUGCACUCUACAGACAAGCGCAGCCGCAGCGCUAUUCAAACUUUACUUGGUCAUCGUUGCAUCAAAAAUGCGGUUCGUAAGUGUGACGUCAUUUCAACCUAAACCACACCCACUGCACACAAUGGCAUUUUGUGAAAAAAAGAUAAAAAAACGAAGAUAGGCCUACAUGAUAUUUGCAUGCUUUCUCUAAAGAAACCUUUUCUGAGCAAAGCAAAAUAGUUGUUUGUUUUUUAUUCCAAAUCUAGUGCCGAAUGAAACAGAGCGAACAACUUUUUAAUCCCAACCAUUGUGCAAACCAAACUCGCAAGCUGAAGUUUCUUUAGAACUUUAAAGAUAUUUGUUUUAUUUGCAUGACACAAACGAAUCAUUCGUGACUUCUUUUGGAAGAUAUUAAUUCAAUGAUGAAAUAAAAUAUUAAACAAAAAGAAAACUGAAACUUA